AUGCAGGGACUAAAGAUGCUUAGCAUCGUGUUCGCAGCUCUUGCGACGAUAUUAUCAAUUGCGCGGGCAGAGAGUUCUAUCAACUCGUCAUUCGUGUACAACACCGGCCGCACCGGGUCUCUAGCCUUCGCCGUAGUUCCUGUACAAUAUGAUGGAUCGUUAUAUUUCCACCUCGAGGUUCCGGCUGAGUAUAGCUGGGUCGCUAUCGGGACGGGAGAUCAGAUGGCUGGAAGUCUGAUGUGGGUUGCGUAUCGAAGUAGGAAUGGGACCGGUGUAACACUAUCCCCACGCACCGUAAACGGGCACGUCGAGCCCUCAUACUCCUCCUCAAUCAACUGCCACAUCCUCACCAGCAACACCGCUCCCAACGGCAUCGUCAAAGCCAACAAUGGCCACGAUAUCCUCGCCGUAAACGCCAUCUGCCACAACAUCACCACCUCCCAUUCCCCCACAGCCGACGAAGGCGAAGCCAGCGUGAACCUCACCAGCACAACCCAACCCUUCAUCUUCGCCCUCGGACCCACAGACAGGAAAAUACAAUCAGACAGCAAAACGGCUGGGAUACGCCGCCACGUGCUGUACGGCCAAUUCGCCAUGGACCUCUCGAAAACGGCACUUGCAGACUCCAAUCCAAUAGAUGAAGUAACAACACAGUUAAGCAGUGUAGGUAAUUGGCAGAAUUCAAACGCACAGCUGGUAGGCGACGUCACACGCGACCACGACUGGGCGCCAGCCACACACGGGGCAUUCAUGUGCGUGACGUUCGUGCUCGUGUUUCCUCUCGGGGUUGUCUUACUGCGUCUGCUUGAGCGCGUGAAGUGGCAUGCGUGGGUGCAGACUUUUGGUGUGGUGCUUGUUGUUGUGGGGUUGGGUGUGGGUGUGUACUUGGGGAUGCAGUAUAACCAUUCCAAGAACUUCAAUUCCGCGCACCAAGUCAUCGGGAUCAUCGUUGUGGUGUUUACGUUCGUGCAGCUUAGCAUCGGUGUCGUGCACCAUAGGCUGUAUGGACGCCAUGGCCAAUCUACAGCGCUUGGACGAAUUCAUCGUUACGUGGGACCGCUUGUACUGAUACUAGGUGCUGUGAAUGGGUUUCUUGGAUUCGAUUUUGCGGACGACGGCGGGCAUAAUGUUUGGUAUGGCGUUAUCGUGGGUGUUGUGUUUGUGGCGUUGGUUGCGGCGCUGCUUUGGGCCAGGCGACGGAGGAAGGUCAAGGAUGCGGUGAUGGAGAGGGGGGACAGUGAGGGGGAGGGAGCGUGUGUGCAUGGUGAAUCCGGGAGAGGAGUGGGAAGAGGUAUUCCGUUGAAGAUUUUUGGGAGGAAUUAG